UCUGUGCACCGUUCUUUCCUACCUCUCGCGAAUUCUGCAAAUGGCGAUUCGGACAAUGAGAGUAUUCUAUGCGAGCUCCCUGCUCCUCGUAUCUCUGUCGAUUCUAGCACCUCAGAGCCGAGGAGGAACAUUCCUCGCGCGAACGCCGCCGCGCGGUUGGAAUUCCUACGAUUCAUUUUGCUGGACGGUUUCCGAACAAGAGUUCCUCGAGAAUGCGCGCCUUGUGUCGCAGCGCCUCCGCCCGCUCGGAUACGAGUAUGCUGUGGUGGAUUAUUUGUGGUAUCGGAAGAAGGUUCCUGGGGCGAAUGUCGAUUCUCUAGGGUUUGAUGUUAUUGACGAAUGGGGACGGGUGGUUCCCGACACGGCGAGGUGGCCGUCUUCCGGCAACGGGAAAGGCUUCGUCGACGUGGCGGCGAAAGUCCACAGUUUAGGUCUGAAAUUUGGGAUUCAUAUCAUGAGAGGCAUUAGCACGCAGGCGUACAAUGCGAACACGCCGAUCCUCGACGUCAACACGGGGAGACAAUACGAGGAGAAUGGUAAGAAAUGGUUUGCUAAGGAUGUAGGAGUUCCGGAGAAGCCUUGUGCGUGGAUGAAGAACGGUUUCAUGAGUGUCAACACUAAGUUAGGCGCGGGCCGCGCAUUCCUCGAGUCGCUUCAUCGGCAAUAUGCCGAAUGGGGAAUCGAUUUCGUUAAACACGAUUGUGUGUUUGGGGACGAUUUCGAUCCGGACGAGAUAACAUUUGUAUCGGGACUUAUAAAGAAAUCGGGUCGUCCCGUUGUCUAUUCUUUAUCGCCUGGAACGAGUGUAACGCCGGCGAUGGCAAACAACGUAAGCAGUCUUGCCAACAUGUAUAGAAUUACCGGAGACGAUUGGGAUAAAUGGCCGGAUGUCGCCGCGCAUUUCGAUAUCACACGCGAUCUUGCGGGUGCGGGGAAGAUCGGAGCUAUAGGGCGCAGCGGGAAAUCUUGGCCCGAUUCAGACAUGCUUCCGUUCGGAUGGCUAACCGAUCCUGGUUCAAACGACGGGCCUCAUAGGAAUUGUAAUCUUACGCCGGAUGAACAAAGGACUCAGAUUACGUUGUGGGCGAUGGCGAAGUCUCCCUUGAUGUUUGGCGGAGACAUGAGACGUCUCAACCAGGCAACAUUUGAUCUACUCAGUAACCCGACGAUAUUGAGGAUCAACUCCAGGAGCAAAAACAAUAAGGAGUUUCCCUACAUUUCGAGCAGAAAAUUAUUUGCCACGAGCGAUGACGAAAAGACAAAGGAUCAAACCGACGCUGCUCCUACCUUAGUUUUCACAAGCUGCCAUGAUGUCGAGGCGCGAGGCUGGUCGGUUAAAUCCAUCGAUGACAACCUCGAACAAGUCUGUUGGGACAGGAAGCCGAAGGACGGCGACCACGAGCCCUUCUGUCUGUACAAAAGAGCGCCUCUCCUUACACUGGACACAGAUAAGCGCAAUCACGACGGCAAAGUCCAUCUACUAAAGAUGAAGACAUCGGAAUCAUGUCUCGACGCAUCGCCAAAUCAAAGGCCCACCGCGACGCAAUCAAAUCACGGCUCGUACUCGCCCUGCCGUUCGGACACCAAUCAGAUGUGGGAGGUGAACCGUAACGGCACUCUGAGGAACAGCUACUCCGGCCUCUGCGCAUCGAUGAAGAACGCUAACGACGCGGCGACUGGAGUUCGGGCGUGGAUUGCGGACCUAGUGAAAGGGAGACGAGCGGUGUAUCUUGCGUUGUUCAAUUUGGACACGAACAGGGCUGAGAUAUCUGCGAAGAUCCAGGACUUGGGGAAGGCGAUUCCUGGGAGGAGAUUCGGUUCUUGCAGAGCUCGUGAAGUGUGGAGUGGUAAGGACUUUGGAGAUGUUAAGGAUACAGUGUCUGCGACAGUGGAAAGCCAUGGGACUGCGCUGUUCGAACUCUACUGUUCUUAGACGCUGACCAUGCUUGAAUUGCUGCUGGGGCCGUGUAUUUGUCGUGUAUUUUUACAUUAUUGAUAACAAUAUUAAUACAUAAAAAA